AUGGCCGAGACACCGCAAGAAACUCCGACCGCCACUUCAAAGCGACCCUUCGAGGAGCCUUCGUCACCUUCGGGACCAACAGACCAGCCGGAUGCCAAACGACCUGCCCUUGACAAGGUCCUCAAAGAGGAUGGCGCCGCUGACGCUGUGGACGCCCUCGAGGCCGCACUAUCUGACGACGCUGCCAAAGCUGAGGAAGGCGCUGAUGCAAAGCCUGCUUCAGCAAGUAAUGGUGUAGAAACCAAAGCCGAUGACGCAGCGGCCGCCGAUGCCAUUGCCGAUGCUUCUGCAAAUGGCGCAGCCAUCGGCUCCACCACAGGAGGUCACAGUCUUCCAGCCGCCGUGACUAGCAGCGGCCAACCAGACUCUCGCAAUCAAGGUUCAAAAUCAUACGCACAGCAGGAUGAGUCAAGCUGGCUCCAUGUGCGCGCCAUCAUCUCCAGCGCCGAGGCCGCCACCGUCAUUGGUAAAGGCGGUGAGAAUGUCUCGCAGAUUCGUGCCCUGGCCGGUGCUAAAUUGACCGUCAGCGAGUAUUCUCGUGGUGCAGUGGAACGCAUUCUUACUGUCAGCGGUCCCGUUGAUGCAGUCGCCAAGGCAUUCGGUCUGAUUAUUCGCACGCUCAACCAAGAGCCUCUCGACACCCCGUCAACAGAAAAAUCCAAGACUUACCCUCUCCGCCUUCUCAUUCCACACAUACUCAUCGGCUCCAUCAUUGGAAAGUCUGGUGUCCGUAUCCGAGAAAUUCAAGAGCAAUCGGGGGCCCGAUUGAACGCUUCUGAAUCCACUCUACCUCUCUCAACGGAACGCUCCCUUGUAGUACUCGGCGUUGCCGAUGCAGUGCACAUUGCCACCUACUACAUCGGAAGCACACUUGUAGAGCAGCUGACCGAGCGAUUUGGGGGACCAGCUGCAUCCAAUUAUGCCAGCCGCCAUGGUGGACCUCAAAGUGUCGUGCCUGGAGGCAUGCAGAUCGUCCCAUACGUCCCCCAACACGUCGGGGGCCAAAUGGGCCACGCCGACAACUACCGCCGAGGAGGCCCGCCACCAAACCCAGCUCAGCGCCCGCCCGUCGGCCCUUACGGCGCUCCUUACGCCCACGGCCAACAACCACCACACCAACCUCAACCGCAACCCCACUACAAUGCCGGCUCCCCUCGCGCUCCCUACGUCGGUCCCAGUGGUCCGCAACAACCCCAGCCCUACGGCGGUCAACACCCCGGCGUCCCACAACCCAACCACGCCGGCGCGCCUCAGCAACCGCCGAUGCAGGGCAUGCCCGGCCAGCCCAUCACCCAGCAGAUCUUCAUCCCCAACGACAUGGUCGGAGCCAUCAUCGGCAAGGGCGGCGCCAAAAUCAACGAAAUCCGCCAGCUUAGCGGCAGCGUCAUCAAGAUCAACGAGCCGCAGGACAAUAACAAUGAGCGUCUCGUCAUGAUCACGGGAACGGCCGAGUGCAACCAGAUGGCGCUUUAUAUGCUUUACCAGAGGCUGGGCGAGUCGAGUAAGAAUUCGAAUUCGACCAUGCCGCGGUGA